AUGAAGGCACCUGCGGCUCUCCUGCUGGCCCUGCUGCUUUGUGGGCAGCCAGGCACCGGGCGGGCGCAGGACGAGGAGGAGCAGCACGCGGACGUCGGGCCGGAGGGUUAUGAGGACGACGACGACGAAGAGCAGGAGGCCAGCGCGGCUGCAGGGCUGCUGCAGUGUUAUGCCUGCCAGUCCCUGUACAGUGGGGAGCACUGCAAGCAAGUUCAGAACUGCAUCCACGGCCACAGCUUCUGCAAAGCCAUCAUGUCCCACGGGAACACGGAGUCGGGUCCUCUGACCACCUACUCCGCAUGGUGUGCAGACACGUGUCAGCCCAUCACCAAGACACUGGAGGGGACCCUGAUGACCCUGACCUGUUGCCAGUCCACCCUCUGCAACAUCCCACCCUGGCAGGACCCCCCAGGCAGCGGAGCCGGUAGCCCCCAGGGCAGCCCCACGAUGGUGGCCGCCACUCUCCUGCUCAGCCUCCUUCCCGGCCUGCAGGCCAUGGGGUCCUGA